AAUAAAUAAAUCUUUGAGAAAGAGAGAGAGAGAGAGAGAGAGAGAGAGAGAGAGCCCCUGAGUAUAAUUUUUGAGGACCAAAGCUGGCCGGAGAAGGGGUGGGGGUGGGGUUUGUGUCCCAGUCAGGGCCAUGCUUUCCUCCGUGCAGACCCUUCAUAGGGAGUCAUGUGUCAACAAAGGUUUAUUUGCCCCAGAGCACAGCCAACAGAACAGAGAAACGAUUCCACCCAAGUGUGGCUGGGUGAACCAAGGAGUGUACGUAUUGGGGUCAUGACCCAAAGGCAGCUACAUCACUGACAGUCCCACCGAGCACGGGUUCUGAUCCACCCCCGCGCAGCUUUCAGGCAGCUCCAUCUGAGAAUGCUCUCCCCUGGACAUAGUUUAAAUCAACCUUGUGGAGGGAGCUCUAGGAAUUUGCAGCCUUCUGAAGAGAUUCUCUCCUCCCACCAUCAGGGAGAAGUUUGAAAGUCAGGGGAAGUAGCCACUGCACAACAAGCAGGAACCUACAUUUUGGUUCAAACCCUGCUUUUGACAUUUAGUAGCUGUGUGACCUUGGGAUAUACAUGCAAAUUAAAGAAAGGAAGAAAGAAAGAAAGAAAAGCAAAGAAAUGAAUUGACCAGGAGAAGACUUGUGGCAGAGAAAAAGGCUUAAUGCUUCCAGUUCUGGGUUCAGUGCCAGCUCCAGAUAGUAUGAGACCCCGACUUAGAGCGUUUCUCCCUGGAAGGUGGAACCUAGGGUCAGCACCUCUGCAGCCCAGAGACAGUGACAUUACUGUGAGAAGCCCGCAUGCCCAAUAUGGCAGAGACUAAAGACCCCGUUCGGCUUCGGCUGCUUAGCCUGGAGCUCCUGAAGCAGCUUUGGGCUGGGCACGAAGCCAUGUGUCGGUCGGUGGUGAGAGCAGCAUCAGGGUCAAACUUGGAUUGUAGCAGCAACAACUUAGAGAUGCCACUGUCCCAAGAGACUUCUUCCGCUUCCUCAGUGGCCCCCAGCUCACAGGACAAAAGACACAUGUUGGACCCACUGGACAGUCGUCGAGAUGACACGUUUGAUGUGGCCUGGUAUGUCAAGUUCAACUCCAGGAUGGACUCUUUCCUACCUGCCACAGGCCAACACCAGGAGCCCCAGGAAGAACUACGGCCCCCCUCAGUACCCUUGCUAGCCACUCAGGGUCUGAAGGGGCCAGUGUCUUUGGGAGGACCAAAAGGUCUGGGACCUGACAAGACACAGGUCCCAAGGUCCAUCCUGUCACGACUAAGCAAGCCAUCUAAGCCCAGAGUGACCUCCCAGGAGUCUGCAGUGCCUGAGAGCAGCUGGCACUCUAGGCCAUACCUAGGCUAUGAUUGGAUUGCAGGGUCCCUGGACAAUAGCUCUCCAGUCACUAGUGAGCCCGAGGCCUUCUUCUCUAUGCUGCAGAGGUUUCGAGAAAACAACAAAGAGGAUUGUGUUUGCAACUCCCCUGAAGCUGUGUUCCCAGGCCUGCAAGAGAGCAGCGGUGUGGAAGAGGACCACGAGUGUAUGUACUGUUACCGUAUCAACCGCCGGCUGUUUCCUGAGCCUGUGGAUCCAGGCGCCCCUUGCCGUCUGUGUGGGAUACCCCGGGAUGAGAAGGGCCCCGGAACUCUGGUGGAGCCAGUGCAAGUCAGGGUGAGCAUCCCCCUAUCCAUCAUGGACCCUCCACACCAGUAUCGAAUUCACAGAAGGAAGAGCUUUGAUGCAUCUGACACUCUAGCUUUGCCUCGGCACUGUCUGCUGGGCUGGGACAUCCUCCCUCCAAAGUCAGAGAAAACGUCUGUCCCCAAGAGCCUGGACCUCUGGUCCUCCGUGUCCUAUGGAGCAGGGCAGCGUCGGGAUCUGUCAGCCACUAGCCCACCCUGUCAGGCCUUGCCAGCACAGGUCACACCACCUCUCUGGUCAGAGCCCCAGGUUGCCCAGCUCUGUCCCUCCCACUAGAAGCCCAGAGGACAGACGGCCCAGAAGACAACAGUAUUCUACCAGUGCCAACAGCCUCCCCUGAGGAGAAGCCCCUGAGAGCUGGAAGUGGAGAAGAUGGAGGUGGCUCAGCUGUCUCUCCUCCAUUGUCCCCUCUGUUUACUGAGAUACUGAAAGUGGGAAAUGGGGUGCAGAGGGGAGGGAGUGCUCUGAGUAGCGUGCUAAUAAAGCUCAGGGUCCUACAC